UCUUAACAGUGACAGGCGAACUAAAUUCCAAAGCAGCAGGAGAAAGCCACUUGUCCAAUAAAAACUACCCAUAGAAAACAACAGAAACAAAACGCCAUUGGCCAAAUUAAGAUUCUCCAGAGCCGCCUACAUUUAACUUUGUCCUUUGUUCCUCCUCUCCCCUUCAUUCCCUUUACUCUUCCUUCUUAACCUCUCAAUCCCAUCUGAAACAGCAAAGAUGUCUGACAUGGCUGCCUCUGCUUCCAUUACAACCCCUCCCCAUGAAGUCGAUGAAUGCCGAGGUGUCCUUCGUGUUUACAGCGAUGGCUCCACUUGGCGUUCUUCUAAGCCAAGCUUCAAUGUCCCAGUCAAUGGUGAUGGCUCUAUUUUGUGGAAAGAUAUUGUAUUUGAUCCUGUGCAUGACCUUCAGCUUAGGCUCUAUAAGCCAGCUUCACCUUCAUUACCCAAGCUCCCCGUCUUUUAUUACAUCCAUGGUGGUGGUUUUUGCAUUGGAUCACGUGCCUGGCCUAACUGCCAAAACUACUGCUUCCGCCUCGCUUCAAACCUUCAAGCUGUCGUGAUUUCGCCGGAUUAUCGUUUGGCUCCGGAGAACAGACUCCCGGCAGCCAUUGAAGAUGGUUUCAUGGCUAUGAAAUGGCUCCAAGCUCAAGCUCUGGCCAACAACCCUGAUCCAUGGUUAACUGAUGUAGCGGAUUUUAGCAAGGUGUUCAUAUCUGGUGACUCAGCCGGUGGUAAUAUUGCUCAUAAUUUGGCGGUCCAACUAGGGGCUGGUUCAUUAGACUUGGCGCCGGUUCUGGUCCGAGGGUAUGUGCUUUUAGCACCAUUCUUUGGCGGGACAGUGCUAACAAGAUCCGAAGCUGAGGGUCCCAAAGAUGCCUUCCUUAAUUUGGAGCUCAUUGACAGGUUUUGGAGGUUAUCUGUACCGAUGGGAGAAACGACGGAUCAUCCGCUGAUAAACCCUUUCGGGCCCGUCAGCCGCCGUCUGGAACAGGUGAAUCUAGACCCUAUUCUGGUGGUGGUUGGUGGAAGCGAUCUGUUGAAAGACCGAGGAAAGGAAUAUGCUGAGAGAUUGAAGAAUUGGGGGAAGAAGAUCGAGUACGUUGAAUUUGAAGGACAACAACAUGGGUUCUUCACUAUUGAUCCUAACUCUGAACCGGCCAAAGCAUUGAUGUUGGCUUCGAAUCUCAUCAACAAACCUAGGAGCACUAAACGAGAUAUUUUCAUGAAGCAUUCUAUUUCUCAUAUUCCGAAGACACCAAAUGACCAUAAGAAAGAGUUCGAAGCUGUUUUGGUUCAUUUUUCCUAGCAGCCAAGUCUAUCCGAUCUAAGCAACUUUCAAUAUCAGUAGAAGACAAAAAUGCUGGUACCUGGCAAUAAGAAAGAGCUUCUUUGGGAAAGGGACAAUCUCGUAAAGCAUGCAUCUCUGUUUCACGUUCAAAAUCUCACCACUGACAAAUAUGGGAUGCUCCUUGACCUCUGUAAGCAAUAUUUCCGGCAGUCGGGAUUGCUCCGUUACAAGCUCUCCAUACAAAAAGUUCCACCUUUGGUAAUUGGCAUGUCUCACUGAGAUUGGGAGGAUAACUGUCUAUACCCACUCUUACUUGAAUGCUUCCCAUCACAGUUGAAAUGCCAGUGUUAUAUUAGCUUGUCAUCACAAAACUCCAGAGCCAGAGGCAUUUCAAGGACUGCAUUUGCCUCUACCUCGUUGAACUCAGCGCGUACAAGAUCUUCCCUCCACCUAUUAUUAACAACAUCAAUAAGCAUGCUGACUUUGCUAUUUGAGAGAAAACUCGAAGCAUCUGAUUGCACAAUAAAAGAUUCGUUUGUUGGCAGCCA